AUGAUGGAGUCAAAGAGUCAAUUUGAAGACAUUCUUUUCAAUAAGCUUCAACCAUUGGAACAGAAAUCAUCUCCUUCACAACAAUCCCCACAUUCAAGACCGGUUGAUUCUUCACUUGUUCCUCAACCACCAACUUUCGCACCAUUAUUUGAACAGCAACAACAAGAUCUGUUUACACUUCCAUCUGAAUUACAAGGAGGUAUUGGAACGAUAUCUUCACGUCGACCUUCUUAUGCAGCCGAGUCCUUCACUAGAUCUGCCGACCAGUUGGAUCCAUCCAUGCAAUAUCUUGGACAAGGAAUAAAUAAUUCAAAUUUUCAAGGUCAUAAUAAUGGGAGCAAUAAUCAAUCAAAGAACUUAGCAGCUUUUGCUGCCAUAAAUAAUUAUAAAUUUAAUCUUGAUUCAUUUAAUGAUUCAUUUGCUAAUUUUAAUCUUAAUGCCAAUUUUAAUGAUUUCCAAGCUAGAAGACCUUCUCAAUUAGUUGAUUUCCAAUCAACUCCUCCGCCUCAAAAUCAAUUUGUACCCAAUUAUUUGAAUUUGCCACCACAACAACAGGGUCAGGGUCAUCCACAAUCUCUUCACCACCUUCAUCCACACCAUCAGCAGCACAUUCACCAACAACCACAAACUUCGGCUGCGCCUCCUGCUCAAUCUUUACUUCCUUCACUUCAAGAAUCUUCAACUACACACACUCAAAAACAAUCAGAAUCAAAUAGAUCUCAAAAAAUCCAACAUCAACAAAAUCCAAAUUCAUCAUCAUCUCAGUACCACCUUGAAGAUCAAAAUCAAAAUCAAAACCACAAUCAAUCCCAACAAUCACAAUUUGUCAAGCUUGAAAAUGGUCUUAUUUUACAUGAUCAAGUUAUUCUUGCAUCAUCAGAUUUGAAAUUAUUUUACCUGAAGGCGACUAAAUAUUUCCAAAAUGUUAAUCAAACUGAGAAGAUUAUUAAUAAUUUAAAUAAUCUUGUUAAGAAUCCAACCAUUAUAAAAUUGAUUACAUUUAUUAAAAAUUUAAAUAAUCUUACAUUUAAUCAUAAGAGAUUAUGUUUAGUGAUUAAUAAGAAUGGGAAAUUUGAUUUAUUAUCAUGUCCUAAUAAUUCUAAUCUUUUCUUACAAGAUGGAGAUCUUGUAAUUGUUGAUGGUGAUAGAGGGAAAGAUUUAGUUAUGAUAAUUCAUCCAUUAGUUGAUUUGAAUUUUGCAAUUUUAUUUAAUUUUUUGAAAAAAUUAGAACAUUUAAAAUCUUUGACAAUCUUUGAUUCAAAGAUUAAAAAAGUUGCUGGAGGUACACAUUCUACAUUAUUGAAUGCUUCACAAAUUAUUAAUUCACAUUCAAAUGAAGAUAAUGAAUUUAUAAUUACUUUACCAACUAAGCAAGUAUUAAGAUUUGCAACUCCAAAAGAAGUUCAUAAAUUAAGUGGGAAAUUCUUAGAAGAAAAGAAGGCAUUUGUUACAUGUUUAAAUAAAAUUCGUGAAUUAAAUUUGAAAAAUGAUUUAGAAUUAAUUAAUGUUGAAUAUCAAUCAGAUUUUAAAAAGUUGAUCUUUUAUUAUUUUGCAGGAUUCAAAAGAAUUGAUUUCAGAAGUUUAAUUAAAGAAUUAUUUAAAAUCUAUAAAACAAGAAUUUGGCUUUGUGCAGUUUUACCAUUUGAUAAACCAGAAUUAUAUAUUACAAGUGCAGAAGGAGAAGAAAGGGGAAAGAAAGAUGAAGAUAAACCGUUAAUUACUGAGCGUAAUCCAAAGGAAUAUGACUUAUCAAAUGAUCAAAUUUUAAAAUUUUCAAUUAAUGAAUUUCAAAACUUAUCUGAACCAAAUUAUUUCCAUUCAGCAAAUUUGGAUAAUCUUAUUAAACAUUUAAGUAAUGAAAUUCAAGGGAAAUUUUAUGGUUUUAAUAAUAAUAAUCCAGCACCAACAAUUGCUCCAACUUUCCCAAACAAACAAAAGCAAGUUAUGGAUCCGAUUUCAUCACAAGAAUUCAUUCCUCAAAGACAACAAUUGAAUGAACAUCAAAUGAAAUCAGAAUUACACAAUCCACAUACUUCAAAAAUUUUACCAAAUUUUAAUCCAUUUGGAGAUCCUUCAUCUUAA